AUGGUAUUUACACGCAGCAGCAGUGCCCCUGCGCAGCUGAAAACAAUCCUCCAGCUUCAGCGCGAUUAUGACGCGAUACAUCUCAAUGCAGACUGGCACCCUAGAGAAAGCAGACCGCAUGUUCGAAGUCGGGGUAUUAGAAAUGGCGCCAAUCUUUGCUACCAGAGUGCUACCCUACAGGCUUUGAUGCAUCAGCCGCCGUUUCUCAAUUGGAUCCGUCAACAUAACACGGUCUCUUGCUCCACUGUUCCAUGUCUAGCGUGCCAUCUUGUACGGCUAGCUGGGGACUAUUGGGGUGAUUCGGCAGCUGUACUGACUACGAGUAAUCAAUCGUUGAGAGGCAUUGCAUCAAUGUCGUUUGAUUCAAACAUGUUUGAGCGGGGCCAGCAAGAAUGUGCACAUGAAUUCUAUGACUGGGUCACUGCUACAUUGAAAGAAAACGCAAGUGAUCCAUACUGGCAGGCCCAACACGACAGUCUCUAUUACUUGAGCCUCCAAUCGCACGACCGAUGCAAUACAUGCGGAGAACCUCACGAUCUACCAAUGGAUAGCAAUCACACCCUCAACAUCCCUGUCAACCCACCCCACACGACUAUCUCUGAGGCCAUAUACAGCGUGUUCCACGAGGAGCCUGUCAUCACCAUGUGCGAGAACUGUCAGACAAAUCGGUCAAAGACGCGGUGGACAGAGAUUGUUGCUGCGCCGAAGCAAGUUCCUGGUCUACCUCUCAAUUAUCGCUUGAGUAGUGUGAUAGCGCACGCAGGAGACUAUGUUGAAGAAUACCAGAAAAGAAAGAGUAGUGAGGAACAAACGGAUAGCGAAGAAGAUCUGGAUAUAGAUAUGCAGGUAGCGCUACAACUCCAGAAGGAGAUGGAUGAGGCUAGAUAUAGCGAGAGUGAUGAGGACGAUGAUGAGGAUGAGGAUGAGGACGACGACGAUGAGGACGACGACGAGGACGAUGAUGAUGAGGAGGACAAUGUUGAUAGUGACGAGAAUGAGAUCGAAGAUGACGAGAAGAACGACGAGAACGAGGACGAAGAUGACGGGGAGAACGACGAGAACUCCGCCCAAACAGCCCCGAACGCAGAAACCAUUAGUGAGCUCCAGCGCGGCUCAGAGGAAACAAGCCCACCUAGAUUGGUCAUGCGAGGUCACUACAUAGCCAGCGUCCGCGAAAUCGACGGCACCUUGAACAACGUCAACGACGGCGUCGUGCGCCCCAUCACCCAGGCCGAGUUCUUGAGUAACCCCCAUCAGUCGAGAUUCCAGGUCUACGUCUUGACGUACAUCAGGGAUGAUAGUGUAGGGAACAUGCCGCGGUCGAAACGAUGGCUGAAGGAGUUGAAUGGGCUGCUGCCUCAUGGAUCUGGGAAGGUGGAUGUGAGUGGCGGCGUCGACGAAGGUCCGAGGAAGCGUGCUAGGAGGGGAUGAAUGUAAUGUUGUGUCGCUUGAGCUCUUAAUGCCUAUUUACUUUGCGGUGUCUGUGCAUACUUCUUCGCAUUGAUUGAGCCUAAACUUUGUACAGUGUUCAUAGUCCUUAAACGAUUCUAAUGUUAGCUGUAAUUGUAACUUCAAAAAUUUCUGUACUUCAGAAUGAUUAUCAGCUUGCUCUGCAUCGCCAAAUCGACCCUGACUACCUCCCGCAACCUCGCAGGGAUCGAAUUGAGGAGUUUGGCACAAGAACCAGAGGCAUAGACAGGUCAUCACACAGCAGUUGUAAGGAACGGUUCUGAAGAACUAGGAAAGCUUUCUUUGCACGCAAGAUAGAUUACAGAAGCCACGAUGCUCCAAGCACCCGCUCAUAAUCCCACAUUUGAGGUAUAUGUUUU